CGGCGCUCUGUGCGGCAGAGGCCAUGAAGCCGCAGCCGCCGGGCUAGGCCCCGGGCGGCUCUAGCCCAGGGCGGCCCGCGGAGGGCUGGGCCUAGCCCCCGGCUCCGGUUCCCGGGCCGGCGGGCGGCCUCUCACCAUGCCCGGCAAGCACCAGCACUUCCAGGAACCCGAGGUCGGCUGCUGCGGGAAAUACUUCCUGUUUGGCUUCAACAUCGUCUUCUGGGUGCUGGGAGCCCUGUUCCUGGCCAUUGGCCUCUGGGCCUGGGGUGAGAAGGGCGUUCUCUCUAACAUCUCGGCGCUGACAGAUCUGGGAGGCCUUGACCCUGUGUGGCUGUUUGUAGUGGUUGGAGGCAUCAUGUCGGUGCUGGGCUUUGCCGGCUGCAUCGGGGCCCUCCGGGAGAACACCUUCCUGCUCAAGUUUUUCUCUGUGUUCCUUGGCCUCAUCUUCUUCCUGGAGCUGGCAACAGGGAUCCUGGCCUUUGUCUUCAAGGACUGGAUUCGAGACCAGCUAAACCUCUUCAUCAACAACAACGUCAAGGCCUAUCGGGACGACAUUGACCUCCAGAACCUCAUUGACUUUGCUCAGGAAUACUGGUCUUGCUGCGGAGCCCGAGGGCCCAACGACUGGAACCUCAAUAUCUACUUCAACUGCACUGACUUGAACCCAAGCCGGGAGCGCUGUGGGGUGCCCUUCUCCUGCUGCGUCAGGGAUCCUGCGGAAGAUGUCCUCAACACUCAGUGUGGCUACGAUGUCCGGCUCAAACUGGAGUUGGAGCAGCAGGGCUCCAUCCACACCAAAGGCUGCGUGGGCCAGUUUGAAAAGUGGCUGCAGGACAACCUGAUCGUCGUGGCUGGGGUCUUUGUGGGCAUCGCCCUUCUCCAGAUCUUUGGUAUCUGCCUGGCCCAGAACCUCGUGAGCGACAUCAAGGCAGUGAAGGCCAACUGGAUCAAACAUGAUGAUGGCUACAAACUACUCAAAUAAACAAAACCUUGAAAAUCCCUGGCUUCUGCCCAGCAUCUUGGAGGUUCUAUCAGCCAUCAGGCCUCAGCAGAGCUCUCCGCCUGGGGCCCUGACCCGGACCCACUCUGCCAGCGUGUUUCCUUGGCAUGGGCAGUGUAUACAUUUGCACUGACUUUAAAACUUGGUGUAUUUCACGUAAAAGUCCAGAUCCAUGGCUUCUCAUGAAGAUUGGCUACCCGGUCACAGCAGCUCUCGGGACAUCGUCUCCUGGGCCAUCUGCUUCCUGUUCUCUGAGGGCCCUGUCCAGCCUGUGCCACUCACUCCGUGGGCUGGAGUUGGUCUCCUCUGCCCCUGUGGGUUUUGCUCUGCAGACACCACGAGGCUGCUGUGGGGCCAAGCCUGGGACGAGGCACAGGGAUGUGAAGAACGGGGAGGCUGGACCCUGCCCUGAAGAAGCCACAGCCCAGGAGGGAGCCGGCCCUGCUAGGGACUGAGAUGGGGGCCCAGGAGAGUGGCUGAGAGGUGGGAUGGAGCUUAGGAAGGUUUUGGGAAGGAAGUAGUUGGAAGCUUGGCACCCUUGGGAUUGGGAGGAGCCUGCUUUGGGGCCCUUGGUGGUUGUCGCCUGGGUUUCCUUGGAAACAAACAGAAAAUCUUCACGGUGGUCUGCAGAGCCGCCUCGUGGCCACCAGAGGGCGCGCCAGCACAGCAUUGCCUGCGUCUGGCUGCUUCCUCCGCAGCCUCACCCUGGUACAGCUUAACCAGUCCUUCGGGGAACUUGAGAACUUUUAAAGGAGCAAUUGGCUCAGACUCAGCUGCAGUUAGGAAAGUCUGCUGCUCUCAGCUCUGACUCUUAGCCGCAUGAGGGGGUGUGUGUGGAGUGAAUGCCGCGCCCAUCCCUGGGCUGCCCUUUGUGGAUAAAAGGAGGGGUUUGAGCCAGUUCACAGAUCUCCCACUCAGGUGCCCUUUAGGUCAGGUAGGUUGUAUAAAUGAAUGAAGGAGGCCUUUGACUUGUGAGGCCUUGGCAGUGCAACUGACUUUCCUUCCUACCAUUCCUGAAGAAGACACGGAGAGAUAGCGCUUUAUGACAAGAGAAAUAUUUGGAUCAUCGUUGACAGUGGCAGCUGACCUUGAGAUACAGUAGGGUGUGGUGGGGGGUAUGGCAGAGCACAGAUUGCCGCCUGAAGUUGGUGGCUGUCAUUCAGUUGCAGCUAAUUGCUGUGAAGCAGGUAUGCAGGUCUAAUGUCAGAAAUCUGGAGAAGCUAGAAGUCCCCUUUUUUUUUUUUUGUGAGAUAUCCUUAAUUUUUAAGUUGUUGGCAACUAAUGAAAAAAAUUUUUAAUGCCGCAAGGCCAACAAAAGGUAUAGGGGUCAGCUUUGGCCCCUGUGCAACCAUAGAUCGCUCUGGGACAAUCACCUACCGGGGCCCUGGCUGCUCUGCCAUUCAGGGGUGCUAGGGCUGCUGCCAGGAGGGCACCCAGCAUCGUGGCUCCCAGACACAGGCUGGACAGUGUCCUGGAGCCCCUGGCAGGCACCUGCACACUACAAUAAAUGCUGCUCAGAGUACUGUU